GUAUCUAUUAGCAGCAUGUUUGUAUGUAUAUUUAUCUAUAUAGGGUGGAAAUCUUUCUUCAUAUAUCACUUAAAUUCUAUUUAAUUAUUUAAUACUUUCUUAGUAAUCGAAAAUGGUAAAUUCAUUAAAAAUUAAUCAACCAAUUGAACAACAUAAUACUUCGCGGCAAAAUCCAAAAUUUACAAUAAAGGAUUGGUAUUAUAACAAUCAUUUGAGAAAUCAUUGCUCUCAGAUACAUCAAGAACUUGCCCGUCAAAUAAUAGCUAAAUCUAAUCAAGUAUGUAAGUUUACAACUGAAAAAGUUAUUUCUAACAGAGAUCAAACUAAUCAUUGUCUCAAUGAAAGAAUUAAUGAAAUCGAAUUUUGCAAACAAGAAUUAAUUCGCAAUAGAAAUGAACUACCUUUAGAAAUAGAUGCACUUAUCAGCUACAAAAAUCGUUUGUUAGACUCUUUAUCCUCAUUGAGACAAAAUGCUUUGGAUAUUUGUGAAAAGUGUUUGUCAGCAAGAGAGCGUAGAUUAGGAAUAGACUUGGUAAACGACAAUGUUGAGAAACAAUUGCGCCAAGAAUGUAAAGGAAUAAAAUGCGCUGAUCAGUUAAUGACAAAAACUUUAGAACAAACAAUAGAACAAAUCCGACGUCUGAAAUCUACAUUAUAUCACAUUGAUCAUGAUUUAGAAGAUAAGGAAAAUAGUUUGCGUAUUGAUAGACAUAAUUCUACUUUAAAAGAAACUAACUUAAAUCUUAGUAUUCAUCAUGGAAAGUCAACUUUAGAUGCUUCGAGUAUAACCUUAGAAGAAUGGGAAAUGAAAACUAAAAAAAAUAUUGAUGAAUCAACUAAGGAAAUACAAACUGCCAAAAAAAUACGUUCUCAUACUGAUAUUGUUCUGAAGCAGAUUAUAAAUGAUCUAAUGAAUCAAAAAAAUUUAACCAAUGAAGCUUUUACACAACGAAUCAAAGAAACUAAAGAGGCGAAAGAAAAAUUGGAGCUUCAGCAUUCUGAGAUUAUGCGUCAAGCAAAUGAAAUGACUAGAAACAUUACAAGACUGGAAAAAAUAAUCGCAGAAAAAGAAGGAUUUAUAGCAUUAGCGCACACUAGAUUGGGUAAUCGUUGUCAAAGACCAGGUUUGGAACUCACUUGUGAUCAUGUUGAAAAAAGUCUUAGUAAAGAAAUAUUUGUUCUUCGAGAAGUUGUAACUAGGCUGCAACAAACAUUAUUCGAAGCUCAAGCAUCAUUGCGCUUUUUACUAAAAAUGCAAAUUCAACUUGAAGAAGAUAUUAAUAUAAAAACAAAUACGUUAAAAAUUGACGAAGUUGAGUGCAUGACUAUGCGCCAAAGUAUAGAUUACCAUGUGUUUUAAAAAAAUGAUAGAAGAAACAUUGAAUUUUUAAUUUUAUGUAAAAAUUUAAUUUGCAAACAUGUUUGCAAGUUUUUUAGAUUGAACUUUAUUUCUCUCUUUGACAGCUAAAUCAAAAGACUGUAAUUCUUUGUUGACAGCAGAUUGCAGGGACUUGUCUAGCUCAGCUGCUCUAGUUAAAUCAGCAAUUGCCUCAUUUUCAUUCCAUGCACCAAUGUGUGCUUUUCCUCUUCUAUACAGAGCUUUUACAUUAUCUAGAAAAGUGAUUAUUAAAUUAUCCAAGAUAUAGUAAAUUAUUAUUGUAAAUGAGAAGAUUAUAUUCUCAUACCAGGAUCACUUUUAAGCACAGUAGUACAAUGUUCAAUAACAGCAUAAUAUUCUUUGUUUAACAAUUUACAUUGUGCAUAGUUCAGAAGCAAAGGAAGUUUCAUGGAAUUCAAAUUUAACCAUUCUGAGUCAUUUGGUUUUUCCCUGUCAAUUAAAAUAUUAUUAUUAUUUAGCAUCUUGUAAUAUACAACGUAUUUAGAUUAAUUCUAAUGUUAUCAAAAACUUCACAUACGCAAGCAUGAGUUGUUCAACUAUUCCAAUCGCUUGUGCAUAAGUAUUUGCUGCAGCCUCAUAAUCUUUUUCCCUAAAUUGAGUGUUUCCUUUCUCUCUUAAAACUGGAAUAUUUUCAAGUUUUUCAUCUUCAGUCAUUUGCCAAGAUUCUUUUUCAUAUUCAUGUGGAAGCACAGCCUGUAAUAACUCUGUAAGCAUCAACACGUUUUUUUAAUUUAAUGAUGUCGACAAGCACAAUCUAACAAAAACGUGAUCAUAGAAACUAUACCAAUAGUGAAUUCUAAGUUUUGAGGAUUUUUAAUGAGAUCAUUUAAAUCAUCAUAUCCAAUUCCUUCAUUUUGCAAUAUUACCCCACAGCAGUGAUGGUUACGUUUUUCACCUGACGGUUUACCAGCUUCACGCAGGGUUUUGGAUACAAAUGGAUAUGGGUUGACAAGCUGAAACAUUAUUAUUGAGCAUCAAUGUUUAAUUCAAAUUAUAUUUUGACAAAAAAUUGAUUAUUCUUACGCUUUUGUCAACUGUAAAGACAGCAACUUCAUUUAUGGCCAUUUUUUGAACUAUAACUUCCCAAACCUCAAGUUUAAAUUGUUUCCCCAAAACCAAUUCCAUUGGUUUACCCAUACUUCUGCUAUCAUCAAUAACAGUCUUUGAAGAAUCACAUUUUGUAGUUCUAAAAUGAAAAACUACCUAAAAACGAAAUUGUUUACAUUAAUAAAACUAAACUAGAAUAAACAUGUUACUUACCAAUAAAUAGUACUGUUGACAUACUUUUGUUCCAGGUACAUAUGUAACAACUUUAUUUCCUGUGUGUAAUACUUUUUUAAUAAUUUUCUCCAUAAUGAGUAAAAUUGCAUGAACUAUUCUAGCAAAAGUAUCAACAUAUUUUCACUUUAUUUUAAUAUUCAAAACAUUGUCAUUGUGCACUGUCCUGCAUCAGCCCAUCUUUUAGCAAUGUAUACAUAUACAUACAUACAUGUAUCGUGUUAUGAAGUUUAUAGCGAUCAGCUGAUUUGAAGUUCCAUAUAGGUAUGGCUGUUCACUGACCACUCACUAAUAUACCUACACAAGUACAGUAUAUUGUAUGUAUGUACGAAUGCAGUAUCAACCGAUAUACGGGUAUGCUUUCUCCACUUUGAUGUUUUUGAUUUUAUUGUUAUGAACCUUUGAUGUCACAUAUUUUAAAUACACAAGUACAUAAAAAUAAAAUAAAUAUAAGUA